AUGGGCAUCCCAAUUUCAAAAGAACCCAGUGGCCACCAGGAAAGCUUGAGACCCUUUCCAUGGUCGAGAAACGAAGACACUGCUGCAGUACCUGCAGUGGGAUGUGGUGUCAUGACCAGCGACGAGCCAAUGAUUUGUGGGGUGCAAACCAACUGUUGCAAACUGGUCGGGACAAUCGAUGGGAACAAGCCUUUGGAUGAUAGAAUCACUUCUGGUGAUACCAGCUUUCUUGAGUACAAGCUCCCUCCAGCAAAUGCUACUGCAGGCAAAGUCCUUCUCCAUGCCAAGUCCAUAGUGAACAAGCUUUUUGCAAAACACUGUCCAAUGAUUUUCAAGAUCGGCUAUUCACACAACCCGGUAUUUCGAUGGAACAAUGAACUCUACGGCUACAAGUUUUCGAGAGACAAAUGGACCAAUAUGGUAGUCUUGUUUGAGUCUGCAGAAGUUCAUGGUCCUGCAUUUCUUGUAGGCCAGGCUGCCGAAAUGUCAAUUCUGGAGGAGUCUUUCAACACCAUUCAGAAGCGCUUGAGGAUUAACCGUGCUCCUGCUGGCAUUUGCCAUUUGUGUCGAAGUGGUCAACCUGAUGUUCCGUUUGAACAGUUGGAAACCCGAAGACCAAGUUGGAUUCCUACUCAAUUCACUCAGGAUCCAUUUGCGGAACCAUCACCCUUUACAGAACACCUGCUGCAUGAAGAGGGCAAGGAAGCGGCUUUCUGGACCUAUGAUUGGUUCCACACAAUGCACUUGGGGGUAAUUAGAAAUUUUGUGGGGUCAGCCAUCGCCAUGUUGACUGAAUUGGAGCCGUAUGGCAACAAGGAUGAACGCUUCAGUGCUUUCACGAGAAAGUAUCGCAGUUGGUGUCACACGCAUUCCAGACGCGCAUACUGUACCAAAAUCACCAAGGAAUCAAUUGGUUGGGAAGUGAACUCAAAGUUUCCUAGCGCGCAGUGGCACAAAGGAGGUUUGUCAACGGUGAUGAUGGAAUACAUUGAAUCAGUAUUUCGGAGUCAGACUUUUCCAGAUGACGAGCUUUUGACAAUGACUGCUGAAGCAUGUUUUGCAGUUCAAGAUCUUUCCAGGAUUCUGUACCGGUCUCCUAUGCGUGUGACUGCGCAAGCACCGGUAUUGCAUAGAAUCAUGGACAGAUAUCUUCAAUCUGCAUAUGCGCACUUCAUUAGGAUCUACGAAAACGUCUACAAGGGCCCCGGCCUGGACGGCAAGCCCUGGCUCUCGGUGCUGGGAAACCACGACUGGGGAGGCCGCGAGAUGGACGCAGCCUGGGACCAACAGAUUGCCUACACCUGGGUCAGCAAACGAUGGGUGCUGCCAGCGCCCUACUGGAUGCAGACAGUGGACUAUGUGGACCAGGGCUUUACGGUGGAGAUUUUGAUGAUUGAUUCGAACAUCGAGGAUGCGGACGAAGAUACCUCCGCGAAUCCUGAGCACAACAUCUGUGGUAAGUUGCACAAUCCUCCUGGCUCCAGUUGUGCAAAGAUUGGUGGUCCAUCCAGUAUCGAGUCGUGUCACGACUGGUUCCAGAAACUCUGGGAUGAGGGCGCGACCUGGGCCACUGAGAAGCUCCAGAAGUCGGAAGCGGAUUGGCAGAUCAUGGUGACGCACUUCCCUUGCGGUCACAAGACGAAGUUUUACAAGGAGAUGCACUUGAAGUAUGGUCUGGAUCUGUUGGUCACGGGCCAUGCCCAUUAUCAGCUGAUGUAUUGGUCUCCUGAGAAGUUGGGAGGUUUGAAGUGCUUCAUCACCGGCGGCGGCGGCGGCAUCACCUCGGAGAACAACGUGGAGGUGGACAACCCCGACGACCAUCAGUAUGGAUUCUUCGAUCUCACCAUGACAAAGGAGUCCAUCAAGAUUGAAUCCAUCAAUUGGAGAGGGAACGUCAUCGAGACGGAGACGGUGGAGCCUUAUUUGGGCACCGAGACGCGUAAGGCGGAGCUGGAGCCCUGUGUCAUUCCGAAGCCGGGCUCGGACUGCUACAAGGUCAUCCAGUGGGCCAUGAAGGACGGAAUCCACUCCAACCCCGAGUGGUUCCCAGGGCUCACUUCGGCUUCUCCUGUGGCGAAGUUCCAGGAGAAGUUCUACAAGGAACACAAGGAUGGAUGCGGGAAGCCAUGCGAUGCAUGAGCGACAGCCUGUCCUUUUCGCGCCGGUGAUCCACGCUGCUUGUGUUUUUCGGGUUUCAGUUAUGGCUAUGGGCGUCGUUAGCC